GUUUUGGGAAUGUUGUGGUAGGUGUGGCAGUCCAGCGAGUGUUGCUUUGCAAGGUGCAGUUAGUGAAUUGGAAGUGACACUUGCUGCAUGCCUGCCAUUUAAUUCACGUUGCUAAUUUAGUCAGCUGUGCGGUGUUGCUUUGUUCAAACUGCAGCGCAGAAUUAUCUUUGUGAAAACUCAGGGUGUACGUGCUUCAGGUCAGGGUGCGUUCUGGAUAAAGUGGUCUAGCCGAAUUCGAGGGGCGUGUGAAGCACAGGACUGCAAGGUCUGCACAUUACAAAAAGGACACUGUGGUCUUUGAGAGAGUCCAGUGAAGAGCAAUCCGACUAAUCCCAGGGCUUGAAGAUAGAUUGAGGGAACUGAAUCUAUUUGGCCUAGAACAAAGGAGGGGGGGAGUUAAACCCAGCCAGCACUUUAAGCACAGCACAGAAACCAGGACCAGAAGACACAGCUGGAAAUCUGCGGGGACUACACAGGUAAUGACAGAGAGACAGGAAUGCCUUAUGUCGAUCGUAUUAAUCGUGUCUGUGGCUUUCUGGAUAUUGAAGAAAAUGAAAAGUUCCAGCGAAGGUACUUCAUACUGGACACAUUGAAAAACUUCCUGCUGUGGUAUAUGGACAAUCCACAGAAUCUUCCCAGUGGGGCAAAUGCUGUCGGGAGCCUUCAGUUGACGUAUAUCUCAAAGGUCAGUGAAGCGACUAUGAAACAGAAAUCGAAGACGGAAUUCUGCUUUGUAAUCAAUGCGUUGUCCAGACGCUAUCUCCUGCAAGCGAAUGACAAGAAUGAUCUUCGUGAAUGGGUGGAUGCUUUGAAUAAAGCCACAAAGAUUACAGUACCAAAAGAGUGCAGUAUUACUCCUAAAACAGAAACCUGCAGAGCCUCAGUGGAGCCCCAGAGCAGAAAACAGCAGGUACCCUACAAGACAGCCAUCAUCGGAGGGGUGGUGGUACACACCCCCAUCAGUCAGAAGGAAGACGAGUCAGAGGGAGGGGAGUUUGGGUUUCACGGCAGCCUUGUCCGCUCACAGAGCCACGUGCCAUCUGUGAGGAGCGGGCUUGGAGUGCUGAAGAGCGGCUAUUGUGUCAAACAGGGCAAUGUGAGAAAGAGCUGGAAACGGCGAUUCUUCACGCUGGAUGAGAAUUCAGUCAGCUACUUCAAAUGUGAAAUGGACAAGGAUCCCCUCCGUGUGAUCCCUUUGAAGGAUGUGGUGAAGGUCCAUGAAUGUCUUGUCAAGUCCGGAGAUCUUCUGAUGAGAGACAAUCUGUUUGAAAUAACAACAAGUUCUAGGGUAUUUUAUAUUCAGGCAGACAGUCCUGAAGACAUGCACAGCUGGAUCAAGGCAAUCUCAGAAGCAAGACGGUCACCUCGGCGUUUUGGAAAGGAGGCAAGCUUCAGCCGAGGGUCCUCGCUGUACAGCAAGAACGAAGCCUCGUCCUCCAGCUCCCGUUUCAGACGAGGGGGCGAGGAGAAGCCGCUCCUUGUGAAGUCUUCCUCCGUGGCCCCAUCCUGGCAGCCCUGGACCCCAGUCCCUUCGGCCGUCAAAACAGAGAUUUCUGUCGUGAAGGAGACGGCAGGGCAGUUCAGCUCGUUGCCCUUUGACCUGGGCUCACAACAGAAGGAGCUGGACUUGCAGGGCAAGCGGCGACGGCACCGAUCCCAGCCACAGGCCCCUAGCGACAAGGUCUUCCCUUUCAACCUGGACGAUGAUAGCAUCCGGACCACCGAUGUCUAGGGAAGAAGGAAUGCACAGGUUCCUGUUGUAUUUGAAGUUACUCCUUGAUCAACCACGAACAUGUUUGUCAAAAAAGUGCCCUUUUAAAAUAAGCGAUAAGUGCUAAGUGUUUAAAGGAUGGAUAAUUGUAUAGACAAUAUAAUAAAAAAAAAAAAAUGGCAAUA